AGAGGUGGUUGGAGGGCCACGAGCGACUCUGUGCACCCGCAGGGGGUUCGAUAGGACGGUGGCCAGUGAUAGACUGAAAAGGGAGGUCUCCUAGCGUCGGGUCUGGUCUGAGUCGAAGCCGCCACCGACUCUUGUCGUCCGCCGAUAACAAGUCGCCGCCAUGCCCGCCCCGCCGAAGAAGACCGACCCGGCUGACGACCCAGACCCCUCUCCCUACCUGUACGUGUCGCUGGAGCAGAAGCGCAUCGACCAGACGAAGCCGUUCGACGCCAAGACCUCGUGCUGGGUUCCCGACGAGCAGGAGGGCUUCGUCAAUGGCAAGAUCGUCGGCACCAAGGGAGACCUGGUCUCCGUGCAGCUGCCGAACGGAGAGGAGAAGAACUUCAAGAAGGAUCAGGUGCAGCAGGUCAACCCUCCCAAGUACGAGAAAUGCGAGGACAUGUCCAACCUGACCUACCUCAACGACGCCUCCGUGUUGAACAACCUGAAGCAGCGCUACUUCAUCAAGCUCAUCUACACCUACUCCGGCCUGUUCUGUGUGGCCAUCAACCCGUACAAGCGGUUCCCCAUCUACACAAACCGCGCCAUCAACAUCUACAAGGGCCGCAGGCGCAAUGAGGUGCCGCCCCACAUCUUCGCCAUCUCCGACGGCGCCUACACCGACAUGAUGACCAACGCCGAGAACCAGUCUAUGCUGAUUACCGGUGAGUCCGGUGCCGGAAAGACUGAGAACACAAAGAAGGUAAUCGCGUACUUCGCCAACGUCGGUGCCUCCGGCAAGAAGAAGGAUGAUGGCAAGGGCAACCUGGAGGACCAGGUCGUCCAGACCAACCCCGUCCUGGAGGCCUUCGGCAACGCCAAGACCACCCGUAACGACAACUCGUCUCGCUUCGGAAAGUUCAUCCGCAUCCACUUCGGCACUGCCGGCAAGCUGGCCGGCGCCGACAUCGAGACCUACCUGCUAGAGAAGGCGCGUGUCAUCUCGCAGCAGCCGCUGGAGCGCUCCUACCAUAUCUUCUACCAGAUGAUGUCCGGAGCCAUUCCCUCCAUCAAGAAGGACUGUCUUCUCAGCGACGACAUCUACGACUACCACUUUGUCAGUCAGGGCAAGACCACCAUUCCCAAUGUUGACGACGCCGAGGAGUUGGUAUUCACGGAUACCGCCUUCGACGUGCUGAACUUCAGCCAGCAGGAGAAGAACGACAUCUACAAGAUCACCGCUGCCGUCAUGCACAUCGGCGAGAUGAAGUUCAAGCAGAAGGGUCGCGAGGAGCAGGCGGAGGCUGACGGCACCGCUGAGGGUGAGCGCGUCGCCAAGCUGAUCGGCGUCGACGGUCAGAUGCUGUACACGAACCUGCUGAAGCCCAGGAUCAAGGUCGGCAACGAGUUCGUCACCCAGGGCCGUAACAAGGACCAGGUGAACUACUCGAUCGGUGCCAUGGCCAAGGCGAUGUUCGAUCGUCUCUUCAAGUGGCUGGUCAAGAAGGUGAACCUGACUCUGGACACCAAGCAGAAGCGCGCUCACUUCAUCGGUGUGCUCGACAUUGCCGGCUUUGAGAUCUUCGACUACAACGGCUUCGAGCAGCUGUGCAUCAACUUCACCAACGAGAAGCUGCAGCAAUUCUUUAACCACCACAUGUUCGUACUUGAACAAGAAGAGUACAAGAAGGAAGGCAUUAACUGGGUGUUUGUCGAUUUCGGAAUGGACUUGCAAGCUUGCAUUGAGUUGAUGGAGAAGCCCAUGGGUGUGCUCUCCAUCCUUGAGGAGGAGAGUAUGUUCCCCAAGGCCACCGACAAGUCGUUCGAGGAGAAGCUGAAGAACAACCACCUCGGCAAGUCGUCCUGCUUCAUCAAGCCCAAGCCGCCCAAGCCGGGACAGAAGGAGGCUCACUUCGCCAUUGUCCAUUACGCUGGAACCGUGGCGUACAACCUCACCGGCUGGCUCGAGAAGAACAAGGACCCGCUGAACGACACGGUCGUUGACCAGUUUAAGAAGGGCUCCAACGCCCUGGCUGUGGAGAUCUUCGCCGACCACCCGGGCCAGUCGGCCCCGGCCGAUGCUGGCGGCAAGGGAGCCAAGCGUCAGAAGGGUUCCGGCUUCCAAACCGUGUCCGCCAUGUACAGGGAGCAGCUCAACGGUCUGAUGAAGACCCUGAACAGCACUCAGCCUCACUUCAUCCGUUGCAUCAUUCCCAACGAGUUCAAGCAGACUGGUGUGAUCGACUCCCACCUCGUCAUGCACCAGCUGACCUGUAACGGUGUGCUUGAAGGCAUCCGUAUUUGCCGCAAGGGCUUCCCCAACCGAAUGGUCUACUCGGACUUCAAGCACCGCUACAUGAUCCUCGCGCCCAAGAAAAUGAAACAGGCCAAGGAGGACAAAGAAGCGUGCGAGGUUUGCAUGGAAACCAUCCAGCUUGAGGCGGAAAAAUUCCGCUUGGGGCAUACCAAGGUGUUCUUCCGCGCCGGAGUGCUGGGUCAGAUGGAAGAGUUGCGUGACGACCGGCUGGCCAAGAUCUUCUCCUGGCUGCAGGCCUGGAUCCGUGGCUACUUCUCCCGCAAGGAGUACAAGAAGCUGCAGGACCAGAGGAUUGCCCUCUGCGUGGUGCAGCGCAACCUGCGCAAGUACAUGCAGCUGCGCAACUGGAUGUGGUUCAAGCUGUGGCAGAAGAUCAAGCCCAUGCUCAACGUCACCCGCAUCGAGGAUGAGAUGCGCGCCCUUGAGGAGAAGGCCCAGAAGGCCCUCGACGCCCUGGAGAAGGAGGAGAAGCUGCGCAAGCAGCUGGAGGAGCAGAACGCCAAGCUCGACAAGGAGCGCAACGAGCUGCUCGACGCCCUGGCCUCGGAGAAGGGCAGCUUGAGCGACUUCCACGCCAAGCAGCAGAAGCUGCAGGCGCAGAAGCAGGACCUCGAGAACCAGCUCUCCGACACCCAGGACCGCCUGGCCCAGGAAGAGGAGGCCCGCAACGCCCUCAACCAGGCCAAGAAGAAGCUCGAGCAGGAGCUCAACGGUCAGAAGAAGGAUAUUGAGGACCUCGAGCUCACCAUCCAGAAGGGCGAACAGGACAAGGCCACCAAGGACCACCAGAUCCGCAACCUCAACGACGAGAUCGCCCACCAGGACGAACUCAUCAGCAAGCUCAACAAGGAGAAGAAGCAGCUCCAGGAGAACCAGCAGAAGACCGCCGAGGACCUGCAGUCCCAGGAGGACAAGGUCAACCACCUCAACAAGGUCAAGGCCAAGCUCGAGCAGACUCUCGACGAGCUGGAGGACUCUCUGGAGCGUGAGAAGAAGCUGCGCGCCGACGUUGAGAAGAACAAGCGGAAGGUCGAGGGUGACCUGAAGCUGACCCAGGAGGCUGUGGCCGACCUGGAGCGCAACAAGAAGGAGCUCGAGCAGACCAUCGCCCGCAAGGACAAGGAGAUUGCCUCCCUAUCCGCCAAGCUUGAGGACGAGCAGUCGCUUGUCAGCAAGCUGCAGAAGCAGAUCAAGGAGCUGCAGAGCCGCAUCGAGGAGCUCGAGGAGGAGCUCGAGGCCGAGCGUCAGGCCCGCGCCAAGGCCGAGAAGCAGCGUGCCGACCUGGCCCGCGAGCUUGAGGAGCUGGGCGAGCGUCUAGACGAGGCCGGCGGUGCCACUGCCGCCCAGAUCGAGCUCAACAAGAAACGGGAGGCCGAGCUAGCUAAGCUGCGCCGUGACAUCGAGGAGCAGAACAUCCAGCACGAGUCUUCCCUGGCCAGUCUGCGCCGCCGUCACAAUGACGCCAUUGCCGAGAUGUCGGAGCAGAUCGACCAGCUCAACAAGAUGAAGGCUAACGCCGAGCGAGAUCGUGCCGGGGUCCUCUCAGACGUCCAGGAAGGUCGUGCCACUCUGCACAGAGCUCAACAGGACUCGGCCGCCGCUGAGAAGAUGAACAAGAUCCUGCAGCAGCAGAUCAACGAGGUGACCUCCAAGCUGGACGAGGCCAACCGCACCCUCAACGACUUCGACGCCUCCAAGAAGAAGCUCACCAUCGAGAACUCCGAGUAUAGCCGCCAGCUGGAGGAGGCUGAGAGCCAGAUCUCGCAGCUCUCCAAGCUGAAGGUCUCGCUGACCACCCAGCUGGAGGACACUCGCCGCAUGGCCGACGAGGAGUCCCGCGAGCGGGCCACCAUCCUGGGCAAGUUCCGCAACCUCGAGCACGACCUGGACUCGAUGCGCGAACAGGUCGAGGAGGAGGCCGAGCACAAGGCUGACCUGCAGCGCCAGCUCAGCAAGGCCAACGCCGAGUCACAGAUGUGGCGCCAGAAGUACGAGCAGGACGGCCUCGCCAGGGCUGAGGAGCUGGAGGAGCACCGCCGCAAGCUGUCUGCCCGCCUGCAGGAGGCCGAGGAACAGCUCGAGUCGCUCAACGCCAAGAACAUCCAGCUGGAGAAGCUGAAGCAGCGCCUGAGCGGCGAGCUCGAGGACAUGCACAUGGAGGUCGACCGUGCCCAGCAGCUGGCCAACGCCAUGGAGAAGAAGGCCCGCAACUUCGACAAGAUCAUUGGCGAAUGGAAGAUGAAGGUGGAUGACCUCUCUGCCGAGCUGGACGCCUCGCAGAAGGAGUGCCGCAACUACAGCACUGAGCUCUUCCGCAUCAAGGCCGCCUUCGACGAGUCGCAGGAACAGCUCGACUCAGUGCGCCGCGAGAACAAGAACCUCGCCGACGAGAUCAAGGAUCUCAUGGACCAGAUCGGCGAGGGUGGCCGCAACGUGCACGAGAUCGAGAAGUCGCGCAAGCGGCUCGAGGUCGAGAAGGAGGAGCUGCAGGCCGCCCUGGAGGAGGCCGAGAGCGCCCUGGAACAGGAGGAGAACAAGGUGCUGCGCGGCCAGCUGGAGCUCAGCCAGGUGCGCCAGGAGAUCGACCGCCGCAUCCAGGAGAAGGAGGAGGAGUUCGAGAACACUCGCAAGAACCACCAGCGUGCCCUGGACUCGAUGCAGGCGUCGCUCGAGGCCGAGGCCAAGGGCCGCGCCGAGGCCAUGCGCAUGAAGAAGAAGCUCGAGUCGGACAUCAACGAGCUCGAGAUCGCGCUCGACCACGCCAACAAGGCAAACGCCGAGGCGCAGAAGACCAUCAAGCGCUACCAGAACGAGAUCAAGGAGACCCAGGCGCGCCUGGAGGAGGAGCAGCGCGCGCGCGACGAUGUCCGCGAACAGCUGGGCAUCUCGGAGCGCCGUGCCAACGCCCUGCACGGAGAGCUGGAGGAGAGCCGCACCCUGCUCGAGCAGGCCGACCGCGGCCGUCGCCAGGCCGAGGCUGAGCUGGCCGACAACCACGAGACCCUGGCUGACGCCCAGGCCAACUUCGCCGCCGCCUCCAUGGCCAAGCGGAAGCUCGAGGGCGAGGUUCAGUCGCUGCACGCCGACCUCGACGAGAUGCUCAACGAGGCCAAGAACUCCGAGGAGAAGGCCAAGAAGGCCAUGGUCGACGCCGCCAGGCUGGCCGACGAGCUCCGGGCUGAGCAGGAGCACGCCCAGACUCAGGAGAAGAUGCGCAAGGCCCUCGAGGUCCAGGUCAAGGAUCUGCAGGUCCGGGUUGACGAGGCCGAGCAGAACGCGAUGAAGACCAGCCGCAAGAUGAUCCAGAAGCUCGAGGAGCGCGUGCGCACCGUCGAACAGGAGCUGGAUAGCGAGCAGCGCCGCCACAGCGAGGCCCAGAAGAACCUGCGCAAGACUGAGAGGCGCAUCAAGGAGCUCAGCUUCCAGGCCGAUGAAGACAAGAAGAACCACGAGCGCAUGCAGGACCUGGUCGACAAGCUGCAGCAGAAGAUCAAGACCUACAAGCGCCAGAUCGAGGAGGCUGAGGAGAUUGCCGCGCUCAACCUGGCCAAGUUCAGGAAGGCGCAGCAGGAGCUGGAGGAGUCGGAGGAGCGCUGUGACCUGGCCGAGCAGACGCUGGCCAAGUUCCGCGCUCGUGGACGUGGCGCCUCCGCCGUUCGUGGCGCCAGCCCGAUGAUGUAAACGACAUACGUUGACACAAGACAAAACUUUCCAUCGUGACUGGCCAGCGGCAAGCCCCCGUCCGGUCUGGCCAGCAUGACUCGCGACAUCUAUUGACGACAUGACAAGUGACAGCUUUGCGAGUCGCCGCCGGUAGCGCCACCAGCUACCGGCGGCGAGCCGCGCGCCCAUACAGACUGAACGAGUGAGUGAGGCGACAUGCGCGGCUAAAUGUCGGCGCCCAUCCGCACAAGAUGGCGGUCGUGACGUCACGGCACGUGCGGCGCCCGAGCCCCUGGCCUGCGCCGUAAUAUGGCGGACAACAUGGCGGCGGCGCAGUGUCGGGCGGAGUCGGCGUCGUGCGUUGCCAUGGCGACGCGUAUGCCCGCUAGUGUUUCUGUGGCGACCUUUCUACUGAACUGUGUUCCCAUAUGCAUGAUACGAAAAGGUGCAGGUAAUAAAUAGCCGACAAACCUA